AUGCAUUACUCCUCGACGCUGAAAGCAUUCCUCCUCCCGGCACUGGCCCUUAUACCCUAUUACGCUGUUGCAGACGACUGCCAGCCCAUUACCUGGAAACGAAGCGCUCAGGGGGACAUCACAUGUCGUUACGAGACGGAGACUUCUGCCGAUAUCAGCGCUGCCUCGUGCGCGAUGUACGCGGCCAUUUAUGGCAUUGACACUGAUACGUUCUUGUCUCUGAACCCUGAGAUCGAUAGCGCCUGCUCCAACAUCCAGCCCAACACCAAGUACUGUGUCAAGGGCUGGAUCCAGGCCACGCAGGCCUCAGACGACGGCCUAUGUGGUAUCGCUCACGGCAACCAUACCUGCUCAGACACCGUCGCGCCAUGCUGCAAUAUCCAGACCGGUCGCUGCAGCAGCUCCAGCGAAGACUGCACCACCCCAAUUUGCGACCUGCGCUUUUCCACCCAGUGUAUUACAGACAGUGCAGGAAGCAUUAGUAGUACUGAAGCUGUUACGAGCUCUUCUUCCUCCUCCUGCUGCAACACCAAGGGCCUCUGCGGAGACGGUUUGGACUUCUGCGGUACCGACGUCUGCGCGUCCGGUAACUGCACAAUCAACAUCGUCGAAAUCCCGAAAAUGCCCGGGGUAACCGUGGUCCCCUGGCAGAAGGGCAACACGCCUGACGGAACCUGCGGCGGUUCCGGCGGCUACACGUGCGACGUCCUCUUUGGGAACUGCUGCGGCGCCCACGGCGUCUGCGGGAGUGACGAGGGGGCCUGUGGCCAGGGUUGGUGA